AAGAGUCAGGAAGAAAAAAGGAAGAUCAAAAUGGCUGCGGAUUCAGAAUUUGUUUUCGAUGCUGUAAUCGGGUUUUUAACGUCCCCCAUAUGGAACACUCCUGUAUUAACCUUCGUAGAAGAGAAAUGCUUAGUCUUUGAUCCCGACAGCGAGGCACACGAUACUUAUACGGAGAUUCACUUGGAAUAUAAAAACAUGAACAUAUUUGAGCAAGUGUGGGCAGCAGAGGAUUUUGAGGUCUUCAAACGUUUGAUGAUACAGAAAAACAUUGAACUACAGCUCCAAGCUUUAAGGCUCAUCCAGCAGCGAGGUCAAAUGUCACAGGGAAACAGACCAGAAGAGCCUCCAAAACCAACACCAGUUGCUGUGCAAACRGAAGCCCUUGAUGAAGAAGACGCAAUCAUGCAGGAGGUUUUGCGACUUUCUAAAGAAGAAUAUGACCGGAAAUCAAUGGAAGAGAAAAUCAAAGAGCAAGAGCUUGAAAAAACUUUAAUGCAGUCUAAUGAAGAACAGGAAAGCCCUUCAUCCAAGGCUAAAGCUCUCCCGUGUGACAAGGACACUCCUCAUGACUUACAAACCAGCAAAAGCUUAACCAAGGCACUUGAAGAGGCUGAAAAUGCCUUGGAACUCAGGUUAAAAUCAAUAGCAGAACGUGAACAAGAAGAAAUGCAAAAAGCCCUAAAGUCUUGUAUAAUUUCUCAACAAGAACCCAAAAAAGAUUCAAAUGUAGCAAAGAAAGUUCAGCCAGAGGUUACUGCCUCCUCUUCUACUCCAAUUUCUCCUCCAGCACCAAAAACUGAAGCAGUGAAGCCCUUGGCAUCUAAACAGGCCUUACCUCCACUGGSGCCUUCUAAAAAGAGUACUUCUCCUGCUGAUGCUGCAGCAAGCUGGAUAUCUAGUGCAAAAGCUGAGGCAUCAUCAGCAUCUUCAACUGCACCAGCAAAGGUGACAGAAAUAUCCAAAAGCGAGCUUAAUCGUCGAACAGAAUACUUGAAACAGCAACGAGAUGUAUUAUUGCGAAUGAAGAAGCAAGAACGUGAAAAGAAAUUGCAUAAAUAUACCAAAGAACAACCGAAGGCUCGGCCGACGUCUGCACGAGCUGYUCAUCGGGUAACGGCCGGAGAACGAGUCAUUUCGCCGUCCGAAUCUCCAAGUCCUACCGACGAAAAGAAACUGGCUAUGAGAAGGGCUUUGGCAGACGUCCUAAAGCGAGAGGUCAUCGAGAAAUAGUGAAUGAUCUUAAAGAUGAUUAAUGAAGCUUGAAUUAUUCGUUAUCCUUUUACUUAUGGUUAAUGGCCUAAACAAGUUUUUUCCUUUCUAAUUUUUCUAUAAAAAAUACAAUUACGAUUUUCAAAAGAUAUCGAAUUUUGCACACGAAAAGUCAAGUCGGUGUGAUGACUUUGAAAUUGCUUUCAGCCAGAACGACAUUUAGAACAACAAAAAUCCAAUGAAAAGCCGCCCUCGCGCUCAAAUGAAACUUCCUUAAAUAUUUAUAAUUUCUUGUGGGAGUAACAUAAUGAAGCUGAGAUUUAUUGUUCCAUUAAUUAUUUUAUUAUUAUUAUUAUUAUUAUUAUUAUUAUUAUUAUUAUUAUUAUCAAAUUAUAGAGAACUUGCCUUUUCCCUAGAAAUAAUUCAUAACUAUGACUUUGUACACUAUUAAUUUAUGUAUGGAUUGAAAAUGCUACUUUUUUCGCUUUUUUUACUUUUUUGAUAUUUGACAUUUGAUAUUUUAUAAUUACUUUCGUUAUAUUUAAUGAGUGGUAUAAUCUCCUGAAAGCCACUUGACAGCACCCGCCACUGUCGAUUGCAAUGCAUUGCGAAUAUUAAAUAAAGUAAUUCCCAAAAUAUGAAUGA